AUGGUGGCGAAUAGGCUUCAUGCGGCGACGAUUUUGUUGAGAGAAGGUGGCAAUUGGGACUGGUUUAUAAAUCUCGGCGCCUCUAAUUAUCCCCUCGUCACUCAAGACGAUCUGCUUCUUACAUUUUGUUCGCUAUCAAGAGAUCUUAAUUUUAUUGAUCAUAUAAGCAAUAUUGGAUGGAAAGAAUUUCAAAGAGCAAAACCAUUUCAGUUCAUCUCUUUGCUUGAUCUUGACACUGAUCAAUGGAUGACAUUUGUAGUUUUUUUUGAAGGUUGUGGAAGCAUUAUUGGAAUAGAUUGUCUAAAGUUUCUCGAAAUUGGGAAGUUCAAUGGGAUUGCCACGACCACCAGCACCAUUCAUGCUCUGCCUUCUCAGCUAAUUAGCAUCGUCUGCCUUCUCCAUUCACCUCUGAAGUAUGCCUUAUAUCGGAAUUUCAAUCGUGAUUUCUCUUUGGGGAAGAUUUUAGAACCGUCACUCGGGUGA